AUGAAAUCGAUCCUUUCACGAGUUCAUGCUUCUGCUUAUGGAGGAUACUUUGGCCUCACUAAAACAGCAUCAAAGGUUGAUUUUAUUGGUCAUUUUCCAUCAUCUUACAACAAUCGGUACAUCCUAGUGGCAGUGGACUAUGUCUUUAAAUGGGUUAAAGCUAAAGCAUUGCCUAUAAAUGACGCAAGGGUGGUGGUGGACUUCAUAAAGAAAUAUAUCUUUAACCGCUAUGGAUCAUCUAAGGCCAUAAUAAGUGAUGGUGCAACUCAUUUUCGCAAUUGGUUAUUCCAGGCAGUGCUACAUAAGUACGGGAUACAAUAUCGAAUUGCCACUCCUUACCAUCCUCAAACAAGUGGACAGGUGGAAACCUUGAAUAGACAAUUGAAAAGAAUUCUGGAGCUCACUGUGAAUGCAUCUCACAAGGAUUGGUCAACGAAAUUAGACGAUGCUUUAUGGGCACAUCGUCCUGCUUACAAGACACCAUUUGAAUGUCCCCAUAUCGACUAUUCUUUGGAAAAUCCUGCCAUCUACCAGUGGAAUUUGAGUACAGAGCAUACUAGGCAUUGA